UCCGCUUAUGAAAAAUCAUGUCGAAUUAUCAAAUAUUUAAUUUCAUCAGAUCAAAAUUAAAGUUUUUCCACGCUCCUAAAUUCAAACCAAAUUCUAGUGUAAAUCAGUCAGAAUGUCUUUCAAAUAUUAUGUUAAUUGGUGGAUAAAGAAUAAAAAGGAAUUGGAAGAACUUGAGAAAAUAAAUAAAGAGUUCUUGACUAAAGCUGGUGAUGUAAAAGAAAGGAGUAUUGCUAACAAACUUGUUGGUGGAUUGUAUGCAAGAUAUUGCAUGCUGGUACAAGAGCUUGAUCUAUGCUUGGAUCAGCUGGCGCAACCACAAAAAACUGUUGCUAUCAGGAAAUUGGUAGAAUCUGCUGUGAUGCGUUUAAAAGAACUUUUCAACGAACUCAGAUGGAUCGACUUCUCAGAAUACCACUAUAUUGACGAUGCCCUUGUGGAGUUGAAGCUAAUACCGCAUGAUAUUGAAAUUCUGCAUCCCUACCUUUGUUAUCCUAGACCCUACGAUAUUGAACAGAUGUACGAACGACUCAAGAAAGGUGAGAAAAUUUACACCAAACCAUCAACCCCUCCACCAGAACUGGAACCAGUUUUAGAACCGGUACCAGAAGAAGGAGCAGAAGCAGCACCCACAGAGGAGGCUCCUCCUCCUGUCGUCGAAGAACCUAAAAAGGAUAAGAAAAAGAAGAAGGAGCCAAAAAUACAAACUCCAAUUGCUCCUGUUGAAAAGAAAGAUGAGUUGACACCCGAAGAACUAGAAAGGCAAAAGAAAGAAGCCGCUUUUACAGAGGCAAUUGAAAUAAUACAAAUACAUGAGAGAGCUAGACAAGCCAGAUUGUAUCACAGAGAGGUAUUCGCAAUCUUUCUGACGCACAAAGAUGAUUAUAUACCCAAAGGGCCGCCAAGAGCGUACACCCCAGAAGAGAAAGAUAAUGCUGCUAGAAUAUUGCAGAGGGUCUACAGAGGUCACUUUUGGAGGAGAUUUCUUCAUAAAAAAGAGACCGAAAGGAGAUUAUUGAUAGGUAUGACAGAAACCAGCUUUCGAUCUCGAAAAGAAUUCGAAAUAGAAGAACAAAGUAUAGAGGAACGCAGAAAACUGCGCGAGCUCCGUAUAAAGGAGUACAUCGAAGCGAACUUGGCAGAAAAAGAUCGCAUUCUGAGAGUUGUAGGACCCGGUCUUAUGGAAGACAUCGGUGACGAAAUAAGAGAGUGGUUCUACCAGUGGUACAUCAGAGCCAAAAACUUCGACAAAUACCCACCCGAAGAAAAAGGUGGUACCAUUUUGGUCGUGAGAGGAGAAACCAUGACUCCAGAAGAGUGGAUAGACGAUGUCGAAAAGAAGCGAAGAGAAAAGGUCAAAGCUGGAGGAUCGAAAGAGGAGAAAGAGAAGAAGAAAGCCGAAAAAGCGAAGCAGAAGGCAGCAGAAAAGGCUCUUAGGAAAGCGAAUAUGGCUGCCUUGAAGAAGGCCAUGAAGGAUAAGAAAAAGAGAAGGAAUGACGUGGCCAACUUUCAGUUGGAGUUUGACGAACAGGAAGGUAAAGAACUCUACGCGGAGGGACAGGAAGAACAUGAACUGAUUUGGAAUGACAGGGACGAAAUGCUGAAUCCUGAAGAGACACAUUACAUGGAUUUGAUUACUGAUCAGAGGUGUUAUGAGGUGCAACUUGAGAUGAGAGCAAAAGUGGAUGAAAUGAUGAGGCUUGAACUGGAUCUGCUCAAUGAUGCUCUAGCUAGAGACAAAAACAAGAAACCUAAAAAACCAAAAAAACCGAAGAAGAAGGGAAAAAAGGGCAAGAAACCACCAAAGGAUAUAACCGGACAUAGAACCACGGAGGAUCUUUUCCAAGAGCUGUUCGAGAAUGGCAUCAUAAGAGUGUAUCCGAAAACGCGCCUGGAUGAAUUCAUAGGGGAUUUCAGCUACAAGAACAUGGAGCUAAGGCAAGACGAGUUCUUGGAUCCUCCACCUUGUUUGGGAGAUGUCAAACAAGCGGUCGUUGUCAAUAUUAUCAUGCCAUUGGGCCUGGACGUGUGUAAAGACAGGGUGCGAUCAGCGCUUUUGUGUGGUCCACCUCAGUCAGGAAAGAAAAUUUUGGUGAACGCCAUCUUCACAGCCACAAGAUGCGUUCUUUUCGAUCUUUCUCCGGAAGUGAUAGCUGGGAAGUAUCCUGGAAAACCAGGUUUGAAUAUGCUCCUUCAUCUAGUCAUGAAGGUGUCGAAGCUUCUGCAGCCGUCAAUAUUGUACAUCAACGCUGCAGAGAAGCCCUUCUACAAAAAAGUACCACCCGAAGAGAAGGAUUUGGAACCCAAGAGACUUGGGCCAGUUCUAUUGAAGAAAAUCGUCAAAAUGAUCAAGCCUAUGGAUAGAGUGAUGCUACUCAGUCAAACCAAUCAGCCUUGGGCGGGGGCGACAAAAAUGAAAAAAGUUUUUGAAAAAGUGAUUCUAAUUCCACGAUCUGACUAUAACAGCGUCUUCCUCUAUUGGCGAGAACAACUCAUGCCGUACCACAGCGUUGACCGCGGCAUCGACUUGUCAUGUUUGACUAAACUUACUGUCAACUAUCCUUUGGGUACCAUCAAGGAAGUAACCAAACAAAUUAUGAUUCCAUCACGUAUAGUGAAGUUGUACUACCAACCUCUGAGACAAAUGGAGUUGUUUGAACCUUUCACCAAAAUAGAACCGAUUAACGAUAAGAUAUGGAAGAAAUACGAAAAAUUUUAUAACGGUACACCUAUUGGAAAGUUGGGAAAGAAAUACGCUAAAGUUAAGUUGGCCCUUCGGGAAGAUAUGCUGAAGAAGAAAGAAGCGGAGAAAAAGCAAGAUAAGGGAAAGAAAAAGUAAUUUUAUAUUGAUAUUGACUUCGAUGGAUUAAUGGAGAUGAAAAAGUUUCGAAUGUUUAACAUAUUUUUUUGGAAGCAAACUUAUAGUAAUAAUAUUUGAGAUGUAGUUGAAUAAAUGUGAAGAUCAAAAAACACAAAUUUUAUAU